AUGAUGGACGUCGUGAAAACAGAGCGCAGCCUGGCAAUGGUUGAUGACAUCACAAAUGAUGCAAUCGGCGUCAACGCUGCUGGCCCUAAUAAUGCGGGUAGUGGCGGCGUAUCUGCUCCCGUCACUCCAAAAGAGUCAACAAAAUCACAAAGCGUUCGCCGAACGGUCACCAAGCCGAUCUUUGAGAAGGAUAAGUACAGCUUCUUGUGCGAUCUGCAAAUGUUCCACGAUAAAAAUGGGACACCAUUUGCGAAACUUCCCAAGAUAAGUGGCCGCGACGUUGAUCUACACAAACUCUACUCGGUCGUUAUUAGUCGCGGAGGAUGGAUGAAGGUUAAUGCACGUGAAGAUUGGGACGAAGUGAUUGAAGAGCUCGAUCUGCCGACACGAUGUGUGAACAACGAGAUCGCGCUGAAGCAGAUCUACAUUCGCUUUCUGGAUCGCUACGAACGAGUAAACUAUCAUGGCGAAGAUAAAGACCCCGGCGAAGAUGAGGACGACGAAAAGCGGUUACAUCGGCGCUGGACCGUCCGAGCACUGCACACAAUGCCUAGUGUGUACAACCACCACCAGCACAACGUCCCGGAAGCGCUCCGCUCGUCGUUGAAGCUUUCCGAAGAUCUGUACCGUGCCUCGGAGUACGAUAAGCUGAUCCUGUCCCUGCUGUCACCCCUACCGAACGAGCAAGACUUUGCCAUCAACGUGUGCACGUUGAUGUCGAACGAGAACAAGCACACGCUCAAGAUCGAUCGAUGCCCGCGGUUGGUGUACGCGCUGUUGGCGCAUGCUGGCGUUUUCAACCACUUUACGCUGCGUGACACCUUCGAUGAGUACUACUCGAACAUCCGGAAGAACUCGCUGCAGCGCUUUUGGAAGGAAUGUCUGUUUGAGAAACCGCAAGUGCUCGAGCUUUCGAUGGAAGAUUACUUCGCCAAAAUGGACACCGAUCCGAGUGCACUGAUUGCUAGUAUCUACCAGCAGGAAGAGCAGCUGGAAGACGAGGAGAACGACAACGAAAAUGAGGCCGAAACAGACCACGCCGAAGUGGCUCAUAGUCGACUCAAUAUGGCCACGCUGCGAACGUUCCUAUGUCUCGGGACAGGGCUCGGAACAAACGACUACAUCGGCCAACGGGUGCUGCAGAUUGCGUCGAUCUUUCGCAAUCUGAGCUUUAACGAAGAAAACCUUUCGCUGCUUGGCCAUAAUCGUACGUUCAUCCGCUUUCUCAUCAUGUGCUCCAACGCGCGCUGGAACAACCUGCACCAUCUUGGGCUCGAUAUGCUCGGAAAUAUUGCCAACGAGAUCGACGUUAACGACCCGCAAUCGGACGAAAUCACGCGCUGUCUUUUGUCCACCGUCUCAGAAGGAUUGGAAGGUGCCGAUCGCGGUGUCAUUAUCAGCUGUCUGGAGGUGCUGAGUAAACUGGCACAGAAAGAAGCGAACGAGGACAAUCUAAAUCGCUGCCUCAACCAGCAGCUGUACGAUCAAAUAACGCUCUUCCUCUUCCUGAACGACAUCAUGCUGCUGCUCUACACACUCGAGUGCAUCUACUCACUGACGUCGAUGGGCGAAAAACCGUGCCAAGCGAUCAUGCAUGUUCGCGGUGUGCUGGAUACGCUGGUUUCGCUCGUAACGGUAGAGGCGCAAAGUUACGGGCCGGAUGCCUGCAUACUAAUGCGUGUCGUAGAAACCAUCCCGGGUAAUAUGGCCGGCCCUCAAGGGCCGUACCAGCCAGCAACGCCACCGCACGCUGGUUCUAUGCAUACUAAUCCCGUGCCAACAAUGGCCCAGCUCACCGUUCACAAAGACGCAUCAUCCGGAACGGUUUUUUCAACGACGGAAGUGUCGAAACUUCCAAACGCCAGCAGCAGCCCUACGAUUGCCGCCAACACCAACAAACCCAUGCCCGCCCUUUCCGUGACUCAAAUGGUCACCUCACAACCAGCUUCCCCUGCCGCGGGCAACCAAACGGUGUCGAUCACCCGUCCACCGGCGGCCGACUCGCCUCAAGUUUCUGUCAACAUUAUUGCGCGGCCCGAUUCAAUGGCAGGCAACACGGACAGCCGGACGGUAGCCUCCGGAACGGUAACAGGUCCAUCUGCCACCCUACCGCCGACCAGUUCACUGGCCGCAAAGCACAUGCAGCAGCAGCAAGUGCAGGAAAGUGAACAGUUUGCCUGUGCCUGGUUAAGAGCAUCGUUCGAGAUGCACACGGCACCGGCCAUCCGUACCGAUCAACAGGAGGUCUACAAACUGUACAUGGCGACGAAUGCGAAACUCGGUCGAAAAGUGAUCGUACCACCGUCGCACUUUCCACGUUGCGUCCGUACUGUAUUCGGUGCCUCGGUUGGUCCGGUGCAGUUUAAGAUGGAGCAAAACGGCGUUGAAUCGAUCAGCACAUUCUACGAGGGGCUAAAGUUGCGCGCGAAACCCUUGUCCAUUGUCCACAAGGGUACGGUGCUGGCGCCCAACAUAGAAUAUGUAACCGCUAGCUCCGCUUUGAGUAGCGCUGCGACAGACUGUGCCGCCGGCCCAAAACAGGUUGCCAAUGCUGGCACCACAGCAAGCACAUCCUCGACAACCACUCUCACGACGGUUCCCAUCGAUGUUAUCCCAAACGGAAGCCGAUUGGCCACGACAUCUGUCAUAUGCUCGGCGAAAGGGCAAUCAUUGCCGGUACCAUCGCUUACUUUCACAACGCCCGCCACGGUAGCGACGAUACGAUCGUCUUCCGUUAUAGCAACGGCACCGGCAUCAUCGGCAGUAUCCCAAUCCGUUGUUUCCGUCGUUCAAAAGACCCCCUCAUCACACACUCCAACGAUCACAACGCAACCGCCCAAGACGCACAUCUCGAAGCACCUGGUACCGUAUAGUUCGACACCGGCCACAGUCACGGUAACUGCCGCACCAUCCUCCACCAAGCAGCAGCUAAUAGUAACACAGGUUGGCGGCAAGAGCGUGCUUAUCAAUCAGCCCACGGCCACCACCGGCGGUCAACAGCAACAGUACCUACCGUCGACACCGUCGUCUCCCCUGUUGCAGCAGGUGCUUAGUGGUGAGCAGAAGAACAACGUGAUUGUCCUAAACCAGACAACCAUCUCACCGCAACCAUCACCACAGAGCACCUCAUUGCUUCAGCACCAAUCGCAAGGUAGUGUGACUGUGCAGCAACAUCAUCACCAUAACACCGGUACAACGACGAUCAUGAACCAGUCGGGAACGAUCUCUUCGACGACGACCAAUCCGUCGGCUCUCAUCAAGAGCUUACUGGCGAACAAGGUAACGACGAGCGCGGUUCCCGAAAGCACGCUCGCCACCGCCGUCGCCACUGCCGCUGCUGCUGCUGCCACUACUCCUUCCAGUAGUUUGUCUACUACCAACAUUACUCCUACUACCAAUUGUUUGAUUGCACCGAAUGUGAAUGUGCGUCAGGUCGCCCAAAGGCAGCAACUUCAGAAGCAAAAACAAAUGAUCGAGCAAAAACUUCCCCUGGCGGGGGGAGCGAACGCGUCGGUUGUGGUCACGUCGAACAAUCCGAACAAUUUGACCAACAUUAAAGUGGGCAACUCGACCAUCUCGAUCAAGCCAGGAACGUUACCAACGAACACCGUGAUCACAGCCACGAAUCCACACGAGGCACUCAACGCUCCGCCGCCCUUGGCACCACUGAGCCAAACGGGUAGCCAGGGUACGAUCAUCAAAACGAUCAUGCCCGACACGGCGUCCCAGUUGCACCAGCAAAAGCUGCUUCCGAAUAAGGUACUCUCGGAGCUUCUGGAGAAGAAACCUGGCGAAAUGAUCAUUGCCGGUGAAACGACGAUCAAGCGUAAGAUCGACGCCGAUUCAACGGCUGAGCCACCCGUCAAGCGGAUUGAGGUGACCAGUGGUGAGAGCGGCAAAGUGAAGGCUGCUGAUCUGUACGCCGAACUGGCAGGAUCCAUACUGGCUGGUGAAGCAACAACCUUCCAAGCACAACAGAUCGCGGCAAUGCAAGCGCAAGCGGCGGGAGGAACGCAAAAAAUCUUCGUCAACCAGCAAGGUCAACAAAUUCUCAUGACUCAGCUACCCCGUCAGGUAAUCGUUAGCCACGCCGGUAUGGCGGUUGGUACUUCAGGGAACCCGCCUGGAACAGCCAUUUUCACCUCGGCAGCCCUAUCUUCGCAUCUGUCGGCCGCGACCACGACUUCAACCUGUGGCACCAUGCUUCCAGCAGCGGGAGCAUCCACCCCAGUCGGAGCAGGGACGAUCAUCGAAAAGAAACCGAUCUACAUCACGACGAACGCACAGGGCAAUACGAUCAGCUUCGAAGGUCCUCCGCAGCAGCUGCAAGUACAAACGUCGGCCAGUGGUCAACUGCAGCUAAAACCUAUUGGACCCGGCACGCAGGUUGUGAACGCCGGAGGGCACAUCAUACAGCAAACUCCCAACGGCCAACAGACAAUACAAUUCAUUCAACAGGGACCAUCUUCCCAGCAGCUGCAACAGCAACCACAAACAACACAGCAAAUCGUGUUCCAGGCACAAUCAUCACCCGGACCGGCGCAAAUUAUUCAGCAGCAAAUCAUACAGCCGGCCCCCGGGCAGCAACCCCAACAGAUCAUCCAAAAGGUACUCCAACAGCAGCUAGCGCAAGCGACCAAACCGAAUCAAUCCCAAAUCAUAACAAUGCAAAAGCAGACACCACAGCAAACAGUAACGAUCGGGCCUCCGUCGAGCAUCUCGAUCCAGCGCCAGUCCGGUGGAAUCAUUCUCCCACCCAAAGCGGUCACCAGUACCCCACUAUCGGCGACCCCGAAACAGCAAAUCAUUCAAGUCGUUCAGCAAAAACUAACGACGAAUCCCGUCAGUGCUGUCACCAUUGCUUCGCAGCAGCAAGCCUUUGUCACUCAGCGUCCCAUUCUACCGUCCGUGCCGCAAACGACAACAAUCAGUCAAACGGUGGUUGGCACAGGAGGACCCACGCCAACACCGGCCCCAAUGCAAUCUAUUUCGGUCACACCAGUUCACCAAACGCCAGCAGCACCUGCAGUGGUAGCGACGAUAACACCAGCAGCGCCAACGACAACAACAGGUGGAUCACCCUCGACCACUCCUGGCCCGACUGUGGCAAACAAUGUCCCCACCACCAACACAACCCCAGUAACAUCUGGAGCCGCAAGCCCACCACAAGCAAAUGUUGCUUCCCAACCCGGAAUUCAAAUAAUACCACCUGCCGAUCCGCAAAAGUUCGCUGAAGAGGAAGACGUCGAUCCGAGUUGGCCGUGGAUUUGCGAUUGGCGUGGUUGCCCGAGAAAAAAGUUCAAUUCGGCCACGGAAGUAUUUCGACACGCGUGCCUCGUCCACUGUCCGGACACGGUUGACCUCAGUGCGGACAUCUACUGCCAGUGGGGCCCGGGGGCAACUUUGUGUGACAAUUUGCCCCGCAAGCGCUUCUCGCUGAUGACGCACAUCUUCGAUCGCCACUGCACGGCAGAGUCAUUUAAGGCAGCGGUUCAGAGAAGACUUUCCGGUGGCCCACAGCACCCAUCGCAACCAUAUCCGGUGACGCUAAUCCGUCAACCGACUGUCACUGCGGGUGGAAAUGCUACAAAUCGGACGGUAGGCGUAUCUGGAGGCAGCAACACAUCAACCGGUGGUCGAGGAUCACCAGCGCCAGCGACGUGCACAAAGAUUGAUCCUUCGAGUGGUUCUGAAGGAACUGGAUCGACCCCAGCAGCCGGAGGGUCACCAUCCAGCACAAACGGACCGGGGCAACUGUCAGCGGCCGGUCCUGCCGCCCUGCACGCAAUCAAACGCCACACGAUGGAAUAUGUCAACUCGAAAGAAUUCCAGGAUGAAAUGGAGGGCCCCGUGACGAAGAGUAUUCGCCUUACAUCCGCUCUGAUCCUUCGCAAUCUAGUUGUCUACAGCCAUUCGGCCAAACGCAACCUGCGAGCGUACGAAGCACAUCUGGCUGGAGUCGCCCUGAGUAAUGUCGAAUCGAGCCGAACUGUGGCACAGUUGUUGUUCGAAAUGAACGACACCCAACCCAACUACUAA